GGCCAGAUGUGGAGUCCAUGGGCAACCAAUAUGGGGUUGUAUCGACUUUCUUCUGCCAUAGUCUUUAUGCAGUCACCCCAGAUUUUCCACAUCUAUACACCUCUUUCAUACAAAAGCAUGUUGCCGCAAGGAAGAAUGUACUCCUUAUCCCGCUUGUGCGUCAUGACCACUGGCAUGUGGCUGAAGUAAGGUUGGAUGAGGACGUUGUCAAGCAUUAUAGCUCGGCUGGCCAUAGUGCAUACGUUGAGCCAGUAAAUAAAGUAAUUGCAUUCAUGGACCAUAUGAAGUCUGGUUUCGAUCCGAAUAAUAUUUGGAGAAAGUUCCGAUAUGAAGCCGUCCCUUGUGAGCAACAGACUGGAAUCUUUGAUUGUGGUCUUUUCGUUCCUUUAUAUAUAAAGGCUAUAAUUCAUGGGGUUGAUACCACUCAAGUCACUAAUCACUCUGACGAGUCUGAAGUCAUCCGUGCCAGGCUUGCAGCUGAACUCCUAAUAGAAGGAUGGGAACAGAAAAAUCAAGGGGAGACAGUGGAAAAGGAUGGGUGAAUGAUAUCCUAAAAAGUGUUGUGUACGAAUUCAUUGAAUUGGGAACAAAACUAACUGGCAUUUUAAUUUAGUUAACAUUAUUGCAGCUUUGUAUCAUUCUCUUUGACAGUUAUUCUACUGUUUGUGUAACU